AUGGCUUAUAAAUCAUAUAAAUCUAUGUCAAAAACUCAAUCUUUCAUAGCAUCUUUCCUAUGCGGCAAAAAGAAGCAGCCAAAAGUUAAAAAACACGACGAAAUACAGCAGCCUAAUUCUUUAUGUACAUUUCAUGAAUUCAUUACUUCAAAUAUCAAUGUCGAAACACAGACGCCAGCCAACUUCGAUAAUACUCUCAAAUCAAGCUUUUCCUUACCGCAGCUGAGCAAUACCUGCAGCUCUCCCACAAAUAGAAAAUCUACUAUUGCAGUUAAAAAGUCUUCAGGAGGCUUUUUUCCUCAACUAAACAAGCAAAAAUAUGAGACUAUAAGGUCUGAUUGGUCUACAUCGUCAAGCAAUAAUUGGCUGAAUUCUUUUGAGUUUACUGGUGAACCAGUGAUGUCGAACAACACAUUUUCAGAACUAUUUAAGAGCAAUAAAGAGCCUAUAACAUGGAGCAAAAAGUAUAGCCAAGAAACUCCCAGCAAUAAAUUUAAUGACCCAUUUAUCUCAAGUGAUGAGAAAAAAAUGCCAAAAAUUAUCCCUAUAACGCCAAGGCAGAUAAAUAGAGCAAGACCUUUUGUUAGAAAUAUUCAAUUAAAAAAGGAAAUAAAUAAAUCCAAUUCUAUGCCAGCAGUUGCUCAAGAGAAAAGCAGGCUACAAUUGAAUUUAAUUGUAGAUGUUUAUGAAGGAGAAAGUUCAAAUAGUUUACUUCCCUGUGAGCAAGUAAAAAUAUUUUACUUGUUAGCAGAGGUGAAUUUUUUUUAAAUGAAAAGUAAAAAUUAAUUUAAUAUGUAAAUUUAUGUAAACUGUUUUAAAUUAUAUAGAGUUAUUGAGAGAUUUCUUUGACUGAAGUAAUAUUAUGCACAAUUAAAAAUGGAACGUAUGAGUUAGGGGUCCGUCCCCUAUACUCGUCCUAGUGAGGGAAGUUCAGACUUUCUGAAGGAUAUCGACGUUUGGUGCUGCUUCGGCAGCCCUAGUUGUGCUUGAAUCACAUUCAAGGAAGAUAGAGAGACUCGUCUGGCCAUAGGCAACUGUAACGGUUUGACGGUUAGGCCGAUUCCUCCUACCGUUUUUCAGAGCUGUUAGCCAGUGGAUGGAAUUCAUGAAGGAUGAGCUUGAUUGUUAGACCCUAAGCUAAGUGGGGGUCGACAGAGUGUUAUCGUAAUCUUAAAUCUUACUCCCCCCCCCCCCCUCCGUGAGCGAACAAAACCAUUAGAAAAAUCGCCAUUUUUUGACCAAAAACCCACCCUCCGUGAGUGAACAAAAAUUUUUUUAAUAGAAAAAAUUUUAAUGAAAAAAAAUUUGGAUAUAUAAGUGAUAAUUAGUAUAAUGAAAUCUAGAGCUAAUUCUGUUUAAUUUUAAAACAAAUUGCGUUUUAAAACAUAAAUUUUGCAAAUUAAAUUAAUAUUUUGCUUCCCAAUUUUUGCAAAUUAGGAUUUUUUUUAAAUUUCGAAAAAAAUAUUUUUUUAUAAAAUUUAUAUAUAAAUUUUUUUUUAAAAAAAAAAAUUAACCCCCCUCCGUGAGCGAACAAAAUUUUUUUGUUCGCUCACGGAGGGGGGGGGGGGGAGUUAAAUCUUAAAUAUUAUGCAGCUAGAAAUUUGAGGAAAUUGUGCUAAAAAAAUACAAGAAUUAUGCUAGACUCAUAAAUAAAAAAAUUUGGAAGUACGUUGAAGGAAUCUUAAAAAUUAGAAGAAAAUUGACCCCUUAGGGGUGAUAACCAUAAUUUAUAUUUAUAUUUAUUUAUAUCUAUUGGGAGAUUUCGUUAUAAUAAUUAUCACUUAUAUACCAAAAAUGUUUUUGCUCAUUCAAGGAUAUGGGUUUUGGUCAAAAAAUAGGAAUUUUCCAAUAGCUUUGCUCGCUCAUGGAGGGGGAAUUAGUUAACCUAUAA